AUGCCAAUACCAGCCUGUGCCACCAGGUACUUCGGAAUACCAUGUCAGGUGGUUUAUGAGUCCCUGGUUUCCCAAAUUGAGAAGUGGAGGACCAUGUCUGGCUGCACGAUGGGAGGACAGAGGUGCCUGUACAAGUUGCAGUCUGCAUCUGUGCACUUUAUAGCUGCCAAGCACAUAAGUCCCAUCAGGAGGUUUGUGGAAGACAUCAACUUCAGGCUGGUCUCCUACCGCUUUUUCACCUCCUGUCAUGUUUCGGCCUUGUCAGUCUCUGAAACCUGGUAUGUUGUAAAAGACCAUGGUGCCAACUACUGCAACCUUUACAACCUCAUCGAAGGAAGUCACCUAACUGAAUCCAGAGGUUAUAAAGAGAUCACCAGUGACUUUUUGUGCACGCAGCGCUCCUCUGCAAACUGCACCGUUUACUGA